AUGGGUAUCCAGGGCCUCCUUCCGUUGCUCAAAUCCAUACAUCGACCAACCGAGUUGAAGAAGUUUUCCGGAGAGACGUUAGGAGUCGAUGCCUAUGGCUGGCUGCACCGAGGCGCGACGGCGUGCGCCAUAGAGCUUGCCGAAGGCAAGCCAACGCGCAAAUAUGUCAACUUCGUGAUGAACCGUGUACGUAUGGCUAAGCACUUUGGCGUGACGCCCUACAUGGUUUUCGACGGAGACUACCUACCCAGCAAGGGCCUCACUGAAGAUUCUCGCAACAAAAGUCGAGAAGAACACAAGAAGGCCGGGCUCGAGUUCUUGAAGGCAGGGAAGCCCUCUCAGGCGCAUCUUGAACUUCAAAAAGCCAUUGAUGUCACCCCCGAGAUGGCCCGCCACUUAAUCGAGGAACUGAAGAGAGCCGAUAUUCCUUACGUGGUAGCACCAUACGAAGCCGACGCACAGCUGGUGUAUCUCGAGCGCCAAGGCCACAUCAGUGGCAUCAUCUCCGAAGAUUCAGAUCUGUUGGUCUUUGGUGCAAAGCGACUCCUGACCAAACUGGACCAACAUGGCCAGUGCGUCGAGAUCAAUCGGUGCGACUUCUGUUCUUGUCGCGAAGUCUCUCUGACCGGCUGGACUGAUGCCGAGUUUCGGCAGAUGGCAAUCUUCAGUGGCUGCGACUAUCUCGACAGCGUUCAGAAUCUCGGGUUGAAGACAGCACAUCGGAUGAUUCGAAAACACAAAACGCCCGAUCGAGUCCUCCGCAUGCUACAAUUCGAUGGCAAAUUCCGCGUCCCCGCAGAGUAUCCGACACUCUUCCGCCAGGCCGAGCAAACGUUUCUCUAUCAAUGGGUGUUUUGCCCUAAAGCAAACGGACUUGUUCACCUCACCUCGCUUCCGUCCGACAUCAAUGUAGACGAUCUUCCUUUCAUCGGUUCUUUCGUCGAGCCUGAGGUCGCGCGGAAGGUUGCGAACGGAGACUUCAACCCUAUGACCAAGCAGGAGAUCAUAAUCGACACACUACCUUCCCCGAGAAAGCGAACUGCAUCUGUAGCCAGCGGCAGCGCAGCGCCGUCCCGAACCAUGCAGAAACCACCCACCAAGCCGAUUGACUCCUACUUCAAGGGCCACCGCCGAAUUCCUCUAGGUGAAAUGGAGCCCAAUUGCUUCACAGUUGAUCCUGAUCGGGUGUCUACUAUGACCGAGAAUGGGGAACGACCGAUCGUCUUCCCGCUACCGAGACCCUAUAUCGACGAUGUUGAUUCCAGAUCUGGUACUUCCCGCCACUACAUCAACCAAUCCGGCAAUUCGGCACGUACACUGCGUCGCCGAACCGAACCUGUGAGCAAUUUACUCAGCAACGGCGGACAUUCUCUGGCUUCAAGCUCUCGGCGUCAAACCACUGGGCCAGACAACCGACUGUUUAACGCCACCCACGUGGCAGCCACCAGUGUCACUAGGUCGCCUAAGAAGGCGCGCCUUUGCGAUGAAGCAAAACCAGGAUUCAGUCCCGGGAAGGAGAAGAGCAAAUUCUUCUCUCAGAGUGGCGCAACAGCAUCGCCAGCUACGAAAGGAGAUGGGUAUCUUAUGUCGGACGACUCAAUAGAGGAAGCUCUAAACGACCUGUCCGACGUCGAUGGCUGGGCCGCAGUGGGACGGGGUCACAAGACAAUCUCGGUCUACGAUGGAGAAGUUUCGCAAACGACGACGACGGAGGAGGGAAUACCCAAGGAUGACGAACAAAGCGAAGCGGACAUAUUCACAGACGAAGCCGCUGUGGUCCACAACACGGUGAUUCCUGACACCCCUCCGAGGAACAGCGUCAGCCGUUUCUCCUUCGCACCCAAUCCAUCAAUGAACGGGUCCCAAAAGGCCAUGCAAACGUCACGUAGACUGAGUACAACAACAUCCCGCCGCAGCUCGGGCAUUACAAUGACGCCAGGCUCGUCUGUAAACACAUCCAUGAUGUCUUCUACUCCAACGUCCUCACUCGGCCAACACUCCACGACCAAGUCGACACCGGCCACGACGCCACGGCUAACCCCCCUUCAGCGACUAGGGGCUUAUGCCCUCAACCGGAACAAACAGCCGCCUACGCCUACGUUUGUAGCACCCCGACCGCCGAAGCGAUCCAGCCUUGGUCACAUGAGUCUGGAGUCGAUGCCGAUCAACCCGGCGUUUGUCCCGUUGCCGCCUGUGGACUUGGAUGAAGUAGAAGCCCUGCACGAGCCUGUCGGCAGCGAGGAUCUGCUAGUUCCGGACAGCGAGGGCGAGGAAGCGGGAGAGGGGAUAGAGAACAUGGUGCAUGGCAAGACUAAGAAAAAGCAGAUGGACUUGGCACGAUUCCUCUUUGCUUGA